AUGGUGCUGCUGCGGAAGCUGCCGGGCAUGCCGGGCUGGACGGCGGCGCUGGGGCUGCGGCUGCCGCAGAAGUUCCUGUUCCUGCUCUUCCUCUCGGGCCUGCUCACGCUGUGCUUCGGGGCCCUCUUCCUCCUGCCCGAUUCCUCCCGUUUCAAGCGCCUUUUCCUGCCCCGCCGGGCCACCGCCUCCGCCACCUCCUCCUCAUCUUCUUCCUCCGCCUCCUCAUCCUCCGCCGCCUCCUCCUCCUCCACCCGCGACACCGACCUGCCCCGCAGCCCCCCGGCCGCCGCCGAGCCCCGGCACGCCAGCCCCGCCGCCCCCCGCCGCCUCCGGGAGAAGCUCCGCACCGCCGCCCGCAUGGCCGCUCCGCCGGCCCACACCGCGCCGGGCUCCCGGCAGCAGGUGCAAGGGGGUGAGCGGCGAGCCCAGCCCGCUACCGGGGAGAGCCCAGCCCGGGAGACUAGAGCUCCGUUCCGCUUCGACUAUGAGCGGUUCCGCCGGAGCCUCCGCCACCCGGUGCGGGGCCGGCGAGCUGGCGAGGACCCCGAGACCCGAGGCCGCAGGAUGAAGAUUAAAGAGAUGAUGAAGUUUGCUUGGGAUAACUACAGGCAGUAUGCCCUGGGCAAGAACGAGCUGCGCCCCCUGACCCGGAACGGCCACAUCGGCAACAUGUUUGGAGGCCUUCGAGGAGCUACAGUGGUGGAUGCCUUAGACACUCUCUACAUCAUGGAACUCGAGGAGGAAUUCCAGGAAGCAAAGAAGUGGGUGGAGGAGAGCUUUGACUUGAACGUGAACGGAGAAGCCUCCUUGUUCGAGGUGAACAUUCGCUACGUCGGGGGACUGCUGGCUGCCUACUACCUGACUGGAGAGGAGGUGUUCAAGAGUAAAGCUCUGGAGCUGGGAGAGAAACUUUUGCCAGCUUUUAACACCCCCACUGGCAUCCCACGCGGCGUCAUAAACCUGGGCAGUGGCAUGAGCUGGAGCUGGGGAUGGGCAUCAGCUGGCAGCAGCAUUUUGGCAGAGUUUGGCACCUUGCACUUAGAAUUCCUGCACCUCUCAGAGCUCUCUGGCAACCCAGUGUUUGCAGAAAAGGUGAUGAACAUCCGGAAGGUGCUGAACAGAGUCGAGAAGCCUCAAGGCCUUUAUCCCAACUUCCUGAGCCCAGUGACAGGGAACUGGGUGCAGCAUCAUGUCUCUGUUGGGGGGCUUGGGGACAGCUUUUAUGAGUAUCUCAUCAAGUCGUGGCUGAUGUCAGCCAGGAAGGACUCUGAAGCUAAGAGGAUGUACGACGAUGCGCUGGAGGCAAUAGAAAAGCACUUGGUCAAAAAGUCUGCUGGAGGCCUGACCUACAUUGCUGAAUGGAGGGGUGGCAUCUUGGACCACAAAAUGGGGCACCUGGCUUGCUUCUCCGGGGGCAUGAUAGCACUGGGAGCUGAGCAGGCUGCAGAGGAGAGGAAGCAACACUACAUGAACCUGGCAGCAGAGAUAACAAACACCUGCCACGAGUCCUAUGCACGCUCAGACACCAAACUGGGCCCUGAAGCCUUUCGCUUCGAUGCUGGCAGUGAGGCCAUGGCAACCAGGCUCAGCGAGCGCUACUACAUCCUGCGGCCCGAGGUGGUGGAGAGCUACAUGUACCUGUGGAGGCUGACACAUGACCCCAAGUACAGGCAGUGGGGCUGGGAAGUGGUGAAGGCCCUGGAAAAACACUGCAGAGUGGAAGCUGGCUUCUCUGGCAUCCGAGAUGUUUACAGCACAUCCCCAACCCAUGACAACAUGCAACAGAGUUUUUUCCUUGCAGAGACUUUGAAGUACCUCUAUCUUCUGUUCUGUGAAGAUGAUGUGCUGUCCCUGGAUGAUUGGGUGUUCAACACAGAGGCUCACCCCCUGCCAGUCAACCACACAGACUCUAAGGGCAGCGUGCAGUAG